CACACUCCACCUACUACACGCGCUCUUGCUGCAGAGGGCACCAUCAGCAGCAGACAGAAUGGAGCAGUUAUCAGUGGCAGGGAGUGUGGAGGAGGUGUGGGCAGUGGCGGGUGGAGACUCAUGGGCCACCAUACCCUGCCACAGCACAGCAUCUCCCGGCACUCUGCUGAACGGGACUCGCAUCACCCUCUCCCGCACCAACGUGGAGGUGCAGUGCAUUUAUGCCAACUCCCACUUUACCAUGGGCCAUUAUGCCCCCUCAGCCCCUCCUUCCACUUAA